CAGCGGCAGCUCAGAGCGAUCGUGUUGCAGCAGCGGCUGGAGGCCUUCGCGAUAGCGCCGCGAUAGCAUUGCGAUAGCACGGCGAUAGCACCGCGACAGCGUCGCCGCCACUCUCGGGAUUAUCGGUUUUGGGAUUUGCCUUCUCCCCGCGGAGCCCGCGGCCCCUGGGCGCCCGCCUCGGAUUACAAUUGCACCAUGACCCUGGAGGAGCUGGUGCCUUGCGAUAGCAGCAAGAUGCAGGCGGUGAGCGAGGCGGUGGAGCGGGUGCUGGUGGCGGCGCAGCGGCAGGACCGGCUCACGGUGGGGGUCUACGAGUCCGCCAAACUCAUGAACGUGGACCCCGACAGCGUGGUGCUGUGCCUGCUGGCCACCGAUGAGGAAGACGAAGGCGACAUCGCCCUGCAGAUCCACUUCACCCUCAUCCAAGCCUUCUGCUGCGACAACGACAUCCACAUCCUGCGCGUGUCGGGCAUGCAGCGCCUGGCCGCCAUCCUGGGCGAGCCCGAGCCCGGCGCCGAGCCCCGCGACCUCCACUGCCUCUUAGUCACGAACUCGCACACGGACGCCUGGAAGAGCCAAGGGUUGGCGGAGGUGGCCAGUUACUGCGCCGAGAGCCGCGACAAGAACCAGUGGGUGCCGUACGUGUGCCUGCAGGAGCGCUGAGCCGGCCCCGGUCGACGCCCGGCUCUGUACCUGGAGGAGGAGGAGGAGGAGAAAAAAAACCAAACCAAACGGCAGGAAAAAAGGAGGAGAAAUGGCCAGUUAAAAAACACAAACCCAAACACCCACCGAUUUUAUUUUUCUUUUUAACCGGAGAGGAGAAAGGAGCAGCCCGACCACACCGGUGGGCGUGGGGAGGAGGCGAGCGGCGGCCGUGCCGUGCCGGCAGCCCGGUGGGACGCUGGCCGGAGCGCGCCGGAGCCGUGCCGAGGAGUUGCGCUUGGCCGUGGGGACCGUGGGACUGUGCCGAGGAGCCCCGGGACGGGCGCUGCGGAGCGCGGGGAGGAGAUGGAGACUGUUCUGGUUUUGUUUUGGCACCUGUGACUCGAUGGAGGCGAGGACUGCAGGGGGACGGAUUUUUUUUUUUCUUUGCAAAUGAACUGCUUUUUCCAAGGGAUAAAUUAUCGUCUGCAGUGAUGCACUUGCAACGCCAGUGUCGGUUUUUGCACUCAAGCCACUUGGAGACCCUGAUCUGAAUCUAUUCCAGAGUUUAUUCUUAUACCGAUUUAAGAAAAAAAAAAUUAUUUGCAAUAAAAUGUCUGAAAUCA